AUGGGCUCGCUGUUGCGUCCUGAUAACCUACUCGAGGUGCGCCAGAAAAUCGCCACUACGGGUAUCUCCGGGGAGGCCGCCGGUUUGCCCGCCGUUGAGCAGGAAGCUAUUCGCGAUGUCGUCAAGAUGCAACAGGAGCUUGGCUUCAAGGCUGUAACUUCUGGCGAGUUCAACCGUACGCGGUUCUGGGGAUUGAUGUGGGACGAGUUUGAGGGGACAAUCCGUCUGCAAGACGCUGAAGCCUCGAUGUUCAGACUUUACCACCCCGAUGUAGUGAGCCUGAUCGAGCAAGACCGCAAAGUGAUGCCAGGCGACUCCGUCAUCGCCGGCAAAAAGCUCUCCCACAGCACCACUUCGUCUCAAUCGAACUUGCACGAGCUCAAGCUGGUGCAAAAGUCCCUGCCUGAAAGCGAAUGGGCGAACAUCAAGCUGACGAUGAUCACGCCUGCCUGGUUCCACAUGCGCUACAAGCAAGGCCGGGCCUACACGCCCGAAGCAUAUGCCAACGAUGCCGAAUACUUCGCCGAUGUGGCGAAGGUGUACCAGGCCGAGUUGGCGUCUUUGUACAAGGCAGGUCUGCGCAACGUUCAGUUCGAUGACCCCGGCAUGGCGUACUUCUGCUCCAAUGCGUUCCGUCAGGGAUGGGAAGAGGACAAGGACAAUACCGGCUCUGUGGAGGACCUGCUUGAUGCUUACAUCAAGCUGUACAAUGAUUCUCUUGCUGGCCUGCCCGCGGAUAUGCACACUGGCAUCCAUCUUUGCCGUGGAAACUUCAUUGGCGGCCGGCACUUCUCCGAGGGAUCGUAUGAUAUCAUCGCGAAGAACUUGUUCGAGAACUUGAACGUCAACACAUUCUAUCUCGAGUACGACACUGAGCGGGCUGGUGGAUUUGAGCCGCUGAAGUUUUUGCCGAAGAACAAGAACGUGGUCAUCGGUGCUAUUAGUACUAAGCUGCGGGAUCUUGAGGACAAGGAGGCUAUGAAGGAACGCAUCUUCAAGGCGGCGGACUUUGUGGCUUCCGGCUCUAGAGAAACACGCGAGGAGGCACUGAAGAGAGUCUGUAUUAGUCCACAGUGUGGCUUCAGUACUCACGAGAGCGGAUAUCCUCUUCUCGUUGAGCACCAGAAGAACAAGCUGAGCCUUGUUAGGCAGAUCGCCGACGAGAUCUGGGGCGAAGCGUGA